GCGUGUGCGUGUGUGUGUGUGUUGCGUGUGCGCUCCCGGCCGCCAUGAGCUUCCUCAAGAGCUUCCCGCCGCCGGAGCCGGCCGAGGGCCUCCGGCAGCAGCAGCCGGACACCGAGGCCGUGCUCAACGGCAAGGGCCUGGGCACCGGCACCCUCUACAUCGCCGAGAGCCGCCUGUCUUGGUUAGAUGGUUCUGGAUUAGGAUUCUCACUGGAAUACCCCACCAUUAGCUUACAUGCGGUCUCCAGGGAUCUAAAUGCCUAUCCUCAAGAACAUUUGUAUGUUAUGGUGAAUGCCAAAUUUGAAGAAGAAUCAAGAGAAUCUCUUUCUGAUGAAGAAGAAGAUAGUGAUGAUGAUGUGGAACCUAUUACCGAAUUUAGAUUUGUGCCUAGUGAUAAAUCAGCAUUGGAGGCGCUGUUCACGGCGAUGUGUGAGUGCCAAGCCCUGCACCCCGACCCCGAGGAUGAAGACUCGGAUGCUUAUGACGGAGAAGAGUAUGACGUGGAGGCACUCGAACAAGGACAGGGGGAUAUCCCUACAUUUUAUACCUAUGAAGAAGGAUUAUCCCAUUUGACAGCAGAAGGGCAAGCCACACUGGAGAGAUUAGAAGGAAUGCUCUCUCAGUCUGUGAGCAGUCAGUAUAACAUGGCUGGAGUCCGGACAGAAGAUUCAAUAAGAGAUUAUGAAGAUGGCAUGGAGGUGGAUACCACACCAACAGUUGCUGGACAGUUUGAGGAUGCAGAUGUUGAUCACUGAAAGGGCUUUCAUCUGCUUUAAGAUUCUGCUUGGAACUGUAGGAGGGAACUCGGUACCUCUUCCACUGUGGAGUGGGCUGGUGAAAAGCUUUCUUUCCUUAAAACUCACUUGAACCAGUUCUUUCUCAAGACAACGAUACUGAGGCAGGCAGCAGGUUGUCACCAGCAGAAGAAAUUAUGACCUUUAUUAACAAAGGUGAAUUAACUUAACCAAGGGGUGGCUUGUAGUUUAUCACUUACCCCAAACUUUCUGUGUCUGGUUUUAUCUGAGUAGGCCACUACUUCCUGCCUUUGCUGCCCUUCUCUGACCACUAGCGGGACUCUGGUGAAACCCACUGGAGCUUGAGGUGUGAGUAGACAAGGGUGGGGUUUGCAAGAGAGAGUCUGAAGCUGAAAUGCCACUCUGGGACGUAAAGAUAUCUUUACCCUUAGGAGACAAGGCCAAGACCACACAGGAAUUAGCCUCUGUUGUGUUCCACAUGGACGUGAGUCUUACUAAUUCCAAGCCCAGAUGAAUGAAUUCAGGCCUUGCUGUCAUCUCUGGAAAACCCCAACCGAAUCCCACCAUUGACCAGUGGCUAGCUUCUGCCCUGUUUUACCGUCUGCUCUGCUCUGGCCUCUUAGGUUAUAGCCUUGAAUUUCCACUCUCUUAGGUUCUAUAACAGGUCAAAUGAACUGCGAUGAUGUCUUCAAAGUCCUUUCCAUGGUAAUUGUUUUGUCUUUGUAAUAGUUUAACAAAUAAAUCUAGGUUUUCUAUA